UCUCACCAUUUUUAUUCCACCUAUCCCCUUCCAUCCUCUCCCUUCCUCUCACUCCCCCCAAUCCCCACUAUCAUUUCUCCAUCACAUUUUCAAAUUUCAAGAUCCACAAAUAAUAAUUAUAAAUCUAAAUAUCCAUUUCUAUUACUUUGAUUCCAAACCCAAAAUUAAUCAUGAAACGAGAUUAUCCUCAACCCCAAACACACGACUAUAAUAAUAAUAAUAAUAAUAAUAAUAAUCCAAUCUUGAAUGGAUUAUUAAACAUCACCACCACAAGCAGCAGCUCUUGUAUCGCACCGCCAGCUGUCGGUAUUUCUGGAAAGUCAAAGAUGUGGGACGAAGAACAAGACACCGGCGUUGACGAGCUUCUAGCUGAGUUAGGCUACAAAGUUAAAUCAUCAGAUAUGGCUGACGUGGCUCAAAAGAUCGAACAUCUUGAAGGCGUUUUCCAAAACGACGACGGUGGUUUAUCACUUCUGGCUUCUGAUUCCGUACACUAUAAUCCUUCAGAUCUUUCUUCUUGGCUUGAAUCCAUGAUUUGUGACCUUAACCCUAACGGUAACGCCGUUAUUAUUGAUAACAACAUCUCUCCUUCCGUCAUCACGCCGUUAUCUUCCGAUAAUGAUUUACAAGCUAUUCCAGGUAACGCCAUUUAUCCACCUAGUAAAAAACAUAAGAUAACCACCACCACACAAAUUAAUAAUAAUACUGGUUGUUCAAAUACAAAUACAAACACAAACACCAUCACGCCGGCGGCUACCACGCUGUACAAUCCGAACCCGAUUGUUCUCGUGGAUACACAAGAAAACGGUAUCCGCCUUGUGCACACGCUGAUGGCAUGCGCAGAAGCCGUACAACAAUCCGAUUUAAAAAUAGCCAAGACGUUAGUGAAACAAGCCGGCGUGUUAGCCGUUUCGCAAACCGGCGCGAUGAGAAAAGUAGCCACUUAUUUCGCUGAAGCGUUAGCGAGGCGAAUUUACGGAUUAUAUCCGAAAUUAUCGCAGGAUUCGCCUGCGUUUCAGGACUUAUUACAAAUGCAUUUUUAUGAAACUUGUCCGUAUUUAAAAUUCGCCCAUUUUACGGCGAAUCAGGCUAUUUUAGAAACUUUUGAAGGUGCCCAAAAAGUCCAUGUGAUUGAUUUUAGUAUGAAACAAGGGAUGCAAUGGCCUGCUUUGAUGCAGGCCUUAGCCCUUAGACCAGGCGGCCCACCUAGUUUUAGAUUAACUGGAAUUGGGCCGCCUUCGGGUGAUAACACAGAUCAUUUGCAAGAAGUUGGUUGGAAGUUGGCUCAGUUGGCUGAAACUAUACAUGUUGAGUUCGAGUAUAGAGGUUUUUUAGCCGAGAGUUUAGCUGAUAUUGAACCGGGGAUGUUGGAUUUACGCCAAGGGGAAGUCGUUGCGUUGAAUUCGGUUUUUGAGUUGCAUCAGUUGUUGGCUAGACCCGGUGCGAUUGAAAAGGUUUUGAAUGUGGUUAAGGAUAUGAAACCCAAGAUUUUUACUGUGGUUGAACAAGAAGCUAAUCAUAACGGGCCGGUUUUUCUGGAAAGGUUUACUGAGUCGUUGCAUUAUUAUUCGACUUUGUUUGACUCGUUGGAGAGUAGCGGUGGUGGCUCGGAAAAUGGUGAUAGUAAUGGGAUUAAUCCGGUUACUAAUCAAGAUAAAAUUAUGUCAGAAGUGUAUUUAGGUAAGCAGAUUUGUAACGUUGUGGCGUGUGAAGGACCGGACAGAGUUGAAAGGCAUCAGACGUUGACUCAGUGGAAGACUCGGUUUGAGACAAGUGGGUUUGAACCGGUGCAUUUGGGUUCAAACGCUUAUAAACAAGCGAGUAUGUUGUUGGCUUUGUUUGCUGGUGGUGAUGGGUAUAGAGUGGAGGAAAACAAUGGUUGUUUGAUGUUGGGUUGGCAUACUAGGCCGUUGAUCACUACGUCGGCCUGGAAGUUGCGAUGAGCGAGUGAGUCGAAUCGGUGGAGGAUACGGGUCAUACCUAACGAUUUGGGGUUAACUCACUGAUCGAUCAAAACUCAAAAGAUAUUGCAAGUGGAUGAGUUGGAAGAUUAAGACUCAAAUAGGUGGGGGCAACUUGCUGCCAAACCUAUAUUUUGGGUUUUUUUGUUUAAUUUAAUUACCAAAAGUAAUUUUUUAAGUUUUGUUUUUCUUUUUUUUUGGGUUAAAAUUGGGAUUAGUUUAAAGUUUGUGUGAGUGGAAUGGAAUCUUGUAAUUCUCAAGGGGUUGAAUGAAAAUAGGGGUCAAUGUGAAUUUUAUAGUAGGUGUUUGUGUUUCCAUAAAAGUCAAAGCUUGCAACUUUAGUUUGAUCUAAAGUUCUUGAACUUUGUAAUCAAGUUAUGCAUCUUUUACCUUUUUUUUA